UUUCCAAUUUAAAAAAAAUAAUAAUGUUGACUCCACCCUAAAAUUCAACCCAAUGUCAAGAAGGAGGUAUGAACUAAGACCCUCCAAACCCCACCGCAGCACCCAGAGUCUUUUGGCAAUUUGAAGUUUUGAACUAAGAAACCCACCGUGCGCGCGACCCGUCUCAAUCCCAUCUCAAAAGUCACAACUAAUAAACUCGUGUCCCAAAACCAACUACUAUAAAAAUGCAUGCGGAAUUCCAUCAAACAAACAAAUCAAGGAAGCAAUGGAGUCCAAAAAACACACCUCGUUUAGCAAUAGCGACGAUACAGAUGGCGGCUACGCCACCAUCUCCACUGCCCCGCCGAAGCGCCGGGCCGGAAGGACCAAGUUCAGGGAGACUCGCCAUCCGAUCUACAGAGGCGUGCGCCGCCGUAGCCGUGGUGAGGGACGAUGGGUGUGCGAAAUAAGAGAACCAAAUAAGAAUUCCAGGAUCUGGCUUGGGACUUACGCCACGGCGGAGAUGGCGGCGAGAGCUCACGAUGUCGCCGCUAUCGCGCUCCGUGGCCGAUCCGCGUGCCUUAAUUUCGCGGAUUCGGCGUGGUUGCUCCCCGUCCCGGUCUCUCAUUCUCCGCGAUCUAUCCGAGCUGCGGCGGCGGUGGCGGCCGAGAGGUUUGGGAGAGGUGAGGAGGAGAAGGUGAGGACGGUGGUGGAGGGUGUGGCAAACGCCGGAGAGGGUCCGAGAGAUACCGGCGAUGAGGCGAUGGGGAGGAGUGAAUGGUUUGAUUGUGCGGAGAUGGAGAUGGCGGAGGGUUACUACUACGCGAGCAUGGCGGAAGGGUUGUUGCUGGACCCACCGCCGAUGGGUGAAUGUGAUGACGUGGAGUAUGAUGCUGACGUGGAGCUUUGGAGUUAUUCCAUCUGAUGAUGAUGAUGAUGACGCGGCGGGAAUCUAGAAUUGUGGAGAAGGGACUGUGUGAAAUGUAAAUAGAUUUUUAAAAGGGGAGGGUUUUUUUUUUUUUUGGUUAUUUGAGGGAAAAUUAGGAAAUUACGGAGAAGGUAAGAAAGAAAUUGAGUGAGUAUAUCAUUUUACUUUGACAAAAUAUAUGUGGCGACUAAAUUAAUAAAAUUGUCAGGAAUGAAAAUAAAUGAGAAAAUUGAGUGUAAAUUUUUCCACAAGAAAAUAAUUUAUGUGGAGACAAAAAUAAAAGAACUAAAUAAAUAUAGGUUUACGCGUAUUG